GAGAAGACCGUUACUAGCCCUAUGCUUCCACUUCCCUCCCAUGGCAGCGUUUUGAUAGGCGGAUUCCUAUCUCCAUGGCAACGCGUUGGCUGCUUCUCUCUCUAUUCUCCAGGAGGCGGGAAGAAGAGUGGAGCUGCGGCUGCUGGUGCCUCUCUCAGAGGCGCCUCCUCCUCCUCUUUCUCUCCGCCUGAAGCAGGAGGCGACGACACUUCGAAAUAAGGAGCAGCAGCGGGUACUGUAUGAAAGGAAAAGAAUACCUGUCUGUCAAAUUCUUUGACUGGAAAACUGAAUUUAUUGCAAAACUAUGGUUCGGCUGACAUUGGAACUGAUCGUUAAAAACCUCAGUCAGAAGAAUCGCAGGGAUGAGUCUUUGGCCCAGCACCUGAGAAAAAUAACUCAUCUCAAGUUAUCUAACAAAAAUAUAGAUAUAAUAGAUGACCUCUCGUUGUGCAAAAACCUUAAUGUUCUUUACUUGUAUGAUAACCAAAUUAGACAAAUACAUAAUCUGGACUUCGCUUCAAACCUAAGACACCUCUAUCUGCAGAACAAUUGCAUUACGCGGAUUGAAAAUCUAGCAUCGUUAAUAAAACUUCAAAAAUUGUAUCUGGGUGGCAAUUACAUCACUGUAGUGGAAGGCUUAGAGACUUUAGAAGAGCUGAGGGAAUUACAUGUUGAAAGCCAGCAACUUCCCCUAGGAGAAAAACUUUUAUUUGACCCAAGAAGCCUUCAUUCAUUGGCAAAGUCUUUAUCAGUUUUAAAUAUCAGCAAUAAUAAUAUUGAUGAACUCAGUGAUUUAGCAAUUCUGGAGAAUAUUUCCCACCUCAUAGCUGUUGACAACCAGAUUCACCAUAUAAAGGACCUGGAGCUUGUUCUAGGUGUAUGGACCAAGCUUUGCAAAGUAGAGCUGAAUGGGAAUCCUGUUUGCCACAAACCCAAGUUCCGAGACCGGGUCAUACUACAGUCAAAAUCUCUUGAAUUCCUUGAUGGAAAAGAAAUAAAAGAAUUGGAGAGACAAUUCCUGAUGAACUGGAAAGCAUCAAGAGAUGCCAGAAAGAAAAACAGGACAGAAACCGUGACAAAUGAGCAUUCAUCAUAUUCACAUUUUGAUGAUAAUGAGUCAGAACAUACCCAUUUUCCUGUUUACUACUUCCCAAUGGCUAAAGAAAAACGAAAAUUUGGUGUUAUGACUGAUGUCGAUAGAUCUGCUCACAAUGAAGAAUCCCAACCAACAACCUAUGAAGAAGACAGAGUUGCUGAAAACAUCAGCAAUUUAACCUUGAAGAAUUCUCAACGUAUACAGAAAGAUCUGUUUGAACCUCAUCUCCUUAGACAAAUGCCUCUGUAAGCAGGCACUGGAAAGACAUUAUUUUUUUGUGUUGUCAAUGAACAAAUGAGUACAUCAGAGCCUACUAGGAAGAAACAGUUGGAAAAGCUUUAUAUUCAGGUGCAGAACACAAAAUAUUACCAGUAUUUUUAUUACAAGCAUAGCAAAUUUUCAUAAUACAAAAUCAUUAUUUUGUUUAAUAGUUCCGAUGUAUUUAUAUAACUGAGGAUUUUUUUAAAGUUUCAAAUAAGGUGUGUAGACUUAUUUAUGAGUAAAGAUUUGAUACCACAAUCCCCAUCUCAUUUAAGUCACUGGUGAACCCUGCAUUUUAUCCACAGACAGGCUGUAUACACUAAAUAGUGAACAUAUCCUCUAUGUACCAAUACUUACAAAACAAUUAUGACACCAUCCCCCAAAAAGAGG